AUGGCCUCCACCAAUGGGGCCUCGCCGCCGCCGCCGCCGGCCGCCGCUCCCGCCACCCCUCCCUCGCCCAGCAGCCCACCCCUCGCCAGCCCCAGCCCCAGCCAGCAGGCCCCGGACCAGCAGCCCAGCCGCGCCGCGGCCAGCGCCGGCAGCAGCAGCGCCAGCAGCAGCAGCGCCAGCAGCGACGCCGGCGCCGCCGCUGACGGCGGCGCGCCUGCCGCCGCCUCAGGCCUCAGCCCCACCGCAGCCCUGGAUCUAGAGAUUGAGCUGACCAAGGAGGCGGAGGUGGCCCAGCUGCGGCAGGAGAUGGGAGAGCUGCGCUCGCUGCUCAUCGCCCAGGCCAGGCUGGUGCAGUCCCAGCAGCGACACAUCCAGCAGCUGGAGGCGGCGGUGGGCCUUGGCGUGGUGCACACCGCCGCCUCCUCCAGCGCCGCAGCAGCCGCAGCAGCAGCAGCCACCGCAGACGCGCCAAAGCAGGCCGCCGGAGCGCGGCCCGCCUCCGCGGCGGCGGCGGCCGGGGGGAGCGGGAGGGAUGCCGCGGGCGGGAGCGGCGUCGUCGACCCUGUCAAGAGCCUGAUCAUUGAGGGGAUCAAGGCGGAGGAGGAAAGGGCCAAGCGACUGGUCAUGGCCGCCGAGCUGCCGGACAGGCGCCUGACGGGCCUGUUCGAUGCGCGGUACCACAGCACCAGCUGGGGCGCCACCCCGCGAGACAUGCGGGUGCUGCCCAAGCGCAUCUUUCUAGUCCGCCACGCGGAGAGCGAGGGCAACGUAGACAACAUCGCCUACACAUACCUGCCUGACCCGAGGGUGCCGCUGACGGCGCGCGGCUGGCAGCAGGCCAUGCUGGCGGGGGACCGGCUCAAGGCGCAGAUGGAUGCGGCGCACGGCGGCAAGCCCUACAAGCUCUUCUUCUACACCUCGCCCUACCUGCGCAGCCGCCAGACGUACGAGGGCCUGGCGCAGGUGUUCAUGCCGGAGCAGGUGCAGGGGGUGCAGGAGGAGGUGCAGCUGCGGGAGCAGGACUUUGGCAACUUCCAGGACGCCGAGGGGAAGAAGCGGGAGAAGGCGGAGCGGCUGCGCUUUGGCCGCUUCUUCUACCGCUUCCCAAACGGGGAGAGCGGCGCAGACGUGUACGACAGGAUGACCAUCUUUGAGGACCACCUGGUGCGCGACAUCAACGCGGGCCGCUUCGCCGACUCCACCUCCCUGGUGCUGGUCACACACGGCCUCGCCCUGCGCGUCUUCCUCAUGCGCUGGUUCCACUGGACCGUGGACCAGUUCAUGUGUGUGUUCAACCCGCCCAACGCGGAGCCGCUGGUACUGGAGAGGGCGCUGUACCGCCUGAGCGACAGCAGCCGCGAGGUGAUCAAGGGGUGCACCGAGGAUAUGUGCCAGACGAGCUGGACCCCCCGCCAGAUCAACCCGCUGGACCCGGCAGAUUCCAUGCUGCUGCCCUGA